CUCUCUCGCUCGCUGACCUCGCCGCUUCCUCCCGGGCUGCUAGAGCAUGGAGUAUUAAAGACGCGCCUUUCUGCAGUGUAAGAUAAGAUCCUGACACCAACAUGGGAAAACAGAACAGCAAGUUACGCCCUGAAGUGAUGCAAGAUUUGCUAGAAAGCACAGACUUUACAGAACAUGAGAUCCAGGAAUGGUACAAAGGCUUCCUGAGAGACUGUCCAAGUGGACAUUUGUCCAUGGAGGAGUUUAAGAAAAUCUAUGGGAAUUUUUUUCCUUAUGGGGACGCUUCUAAAUUUGCCGAACACGUGUUCCGUACGUUUGACGCGAAUGGCGACGGGACAAUAGACUUCAGAGAAUUUAUCAUUGCCUUGAGUGUAACGUCCAGAGGGAAACUGGAGCAAAAGCUGAAGUGGGCAUUCAGCAUGUAUGACUUGGAUGGAAACGGAUACAUCAGCAAGGCAGAGAUGCUGGAAAUAGUCCAGGCAAUCUACAAGAUGGUUUCUUCAGUUAUGAAGAUGCCAGAAGACGAAUCGACACCAGAGAAAAGGACAGAGAAAAUCUUCCGCCAGAUGGACACUAAUCGGGAUGGAAAACUAUCUCUGGAAGAGUUUAUUCGGGGAGCCAAGAGUGAUCCGUCUAUCGUCCGACUCCUUCAGUGCGAUCCCAGCAGUGCUGGGCAAUUCUAAAACAGUUGCUUGGAUUAUCUCGUGUCUCUGUUUUUGUUUCUUUUCUCUUUUUGCCAAAACAACAUUCAUGGUGGUGUUGCCUCUGUAUGGCCAACUAUGCCUUCUUUUGUGGCAUCUUUAGCUUUCUUUGUGGCAGAUCAGUUAGACGUUGUGCUCAACACUCUCCAAAACUCGUCCCGGACGCGGAGAGGGCGGUCUGCACAACAGUGUCGAUUUCCAAGUGGUUGUAAAGAUCUGCAGCCUGAUCCUAAAUAUGUUUACCCAGGAGUAAAUCCCGCUGAGUUUUAACAGGGCUUACUUCCUAGCAUGCUUAGGAUUGACGCCUUAAGUUUUGUUUUGUGUUGUCAGUUUCAAGCUUAAAAGAAAAAGAAAAGAAAGGGAAAAAAAGGAGGAGAUGUGGGCCCUGUUCCAAAACUCUGUAGGGCUCUGAGGCACACGUGGAGCAAUGCGCAAGAAAUAUCUGCCACAUUCAUUUCAAUACUGGGGGAUGCUGAAGAACAUUCUCUGACAUUGUAGUGAAUGAAGAAGCCUCCACUUAUGAGGAGCUUCAUGUGUGCACCAGAGGCAGGGCACUUAACAUUUGUAUCACAAUCCAAUCCAGGGUCAAAUAGUUUUCUACGCAACGUUCUGUUUCCACUUUAUGCUAGAAGUAGACUGCCAUGACUCGCUGGUAGAUUCUUACUUAUCUCUAAUACAAGGAUCUCUGGCUAGGGCUUAUUGGUAAGCUCACAGCUAGCUGCCUAGCGAUAAAUGCUACCCUCAACUCCUAGUACAGCAGCCCAAAAGCAAAUGAAACACAUGUGCACAAAUCCUAAGAAAUUCUCAGCAGUCUGCAACUGGUAGGUGUGAAAUGGGAUGUUGUAAUAGUUAGAGGAUUCACUCAGCCAGUCUGAAUGACAAAGGACCAUCGGAAAGACUGGCUACAAAUUCCACCCGUGAGCAACGACUUUAUGGACAGUGGUGUGCAUUAUGGUAGAAGGCAGGGCCAAUAAGUAAUGGGAUUGGCACGAGCUGCUAACCAGUGCUGAUCCACCACUCCAUAAAGGAACAACCACCACCAUCUUUCAGUGAUGCCUUCAGUGCGUUGCUAUGCUCUGAAUGCUGUUGUAAGGUGAACAAAGGAGAACCAAGUUGUUCAACUGUCUUUAUAACAGGUUGUGCAGCUGAAUUAGAAAACAGAAACAGGAUAGUCAUUCAGGGUGAGGGCAGGUGGGAAAGUGAAGCGGAAGCUGUAAUCCAUGUUAUUGAUUACCAUUUUGGAUCAAGAAAGACGAUUGUGCAUGUUGAAGACCGAGUUCAGGAAACCAAACGUAAGGGGAAAUGCAUGUUUUAUGGGUUGAUGGUAAAGAAGUUGCUUCUACAGCUUGAAGCUCACAUGCCUCAAAGAGAGCGACAAAGAAAUGGCAGGGUUUGGGUGGCUGAAGGACAGAGAAAUUGUUUGGGAAGGUGUCUCCCCC